UUGGAGAGAAAAAACAAAAGCGAAAACAGACCGAGGACCUCGCUAGGGCGAAAGGGAGAAAGAGAGGCGAAGGGGAGUUAUUUUCGUUUUUUUUUUUUUUACUCCGUCGUAUCAAUCCCGGACGCCAAUCCGUUUCGCCACCACACCCUCCCCCGGUCUCGCCCAAACCCCUCGCCAUUUCUUGCCCCUCUCCGGUCUUUCUCCCAUGGCGGAAACCGGAACCGACGCCCCGGCGAGCCCUCCCAGCGGCCGCGGCAGCUGAUCUCCCCGCGAUCGCCGCCUGGAUCGUUGAUGCCCGCCCGCCUCGCCGCCGAUCUCGCCGGAAUUCCGAUCGAUGAACGGGAAAGGACCCGAGGACGCCAGGGCUCCGGCGGUGCCGCCCCCCCUUGAAUGGAAAUUCUCCCAGGUCUUCGGCGAGCGUGCCGCGGGAGAGGAAGUACAAGAAGUCGACAUUAUUUCAGCAAUAGAAUUCGAUAAAUCUGGGGACCAUCUUGCUACUGGAGAUAGAGGUGGUCGUGUAGUUUUAUUUGAAAGGACAGAUGUUAGAGAUCAUGGUUGCAGAAGGGAUCUAGAGAGCCUAGACUAUCCAAUCAGCAGGCAUCCUGAAUUCCGCUAUAAAACAGAAUUUCAAAGCCAUGAACCGGAGUUUGACUACCUUAAGAGCUUGGAAAUAGAAGAGAAGAUCAACAAGAUCCGAUGGUGCCAAAUGGCUAAUGGUGCACUGUUUCUUCUCUCCACCAAUGAUAAAACAAUCAAAUUUUGGAAGGUGCAAGAAAAGAAGGUGAAAAGAAUUUCUAAGAUGAAUUUGGAUCCUUCUCAAGCUGCAGCAAAUGGUAGCAUUGCUAGCUCAAGUACUGCCAGCCCUAGAGUGUGCCUUCCAAAUGGUGGAUGUUCAUACAAUUAUAUGAGCAACGACUUUUCCUUUCCUCCUGGAGGAUUUCCAUCAUUACGUUUGCCUGCGGUAGUAGCAAGCCAAGAAACAAGCCUUGUUGCUAGAUGUCGAAGAAUAUAUGCUCAUGCACAUGAUUAUCACAUCAAUUCAAUUUCCAAUAACAGCGAUGGUGAGACUUUCAUAUCAGCAGAUGAUUUGCGAAUAAACCUUUGGAAUUUGGAAAUUAGCAACCAGAGUUUUAACAUUGUUGAUGUGAAACCCGCAAAUAUGGAAGAUCUAACUGAGGUGAUUACAUCUGCUGAGUUUCACCCGAAUCGUUGCAACACAUUGGCAUAUAGUAGCUCAAAGGGCUCAAUACGACUUAUUGAUCUGCGUCAAUCUGCUUUAUGCGAUAAUCAUUCCCAGCUGUUUGAGGAGGCUCCAGGUUCAAGGUCAUUUUUUACUGAGAUCAUUGCUUCAAUUUCAGAUAUUAAAUUUGGACAAGAUGGAAGGCACAUCCUAAGUCGUGAUUAUAUGACGCUUAAGUUAUGGGACAUAAACAUGGACUCUGGUCCUGUUGCAACUUUUCAGGUCCAUGAAUAUUUAAGGCCUCAGCUAUGUGAUUUAUAUGAAAGUGACUCCAUUUUCGACAAAUUUGAGUGCUGCCUAAGUGGUGAUGGACUACGGGUAGCAACUGGUUCUUACAGCAAUCUCUUCCGUGUGUUUGGUUGCGUUGCUGGAAGCACAGAGGCAGCGACUUUGGAGGCCAGCAAAAAUCCCAUGAGAAGACAAGGCCAAAACCCUGCAAGGCCUGCAAGGUCUCUGAGCAGUUUGACACGUGUUGUCAGACGAGGAGCAGAAACCUCAGGCAUUGAUGCAAAUGGAAACUCAUAUGAUUUCACAACCAAGUUGCUCCAUCUAGCAUGGCACCCAACUGAGAAUUCGAUUGCCUGUGCUGCUGCAAACAGCUUGUACAUGUAUUAUGCUUAGAGAAGGCCAUGGAAAGAAAUGAAUUAGCAAACUAUUUUUUUGAGGGGGUUGCUUCUUGUGGAAGCUAUUCUCGUUUCCUGAAACCAGCAAGAACCGGGAGUAGGAUGUGCCAUUGGAUGGUCACACGUGUUUGAAAUUGGGGCCAGCGGAGCUGUCAGAAUCCAUGAGGAAGUUAUCUGUCUUUUGUUCCCGGGAGGGCAGCCUAGCUCUGAUUUUUCUUUCCUUUUAUUUUCUUUUUUAUGGAGAAGAUUCACGUCUUUCAUUAUUAUGUCCAGUUAAGCCCCAAGGUGUGGUUGUAGCUCUCCUACAAUCAAACCAGAGGCUGAUCAAGGGUCUGUGUCUCAGAUGCUAUGAAGAGGCUGUUCUGCUGCCUGUCAUGCAGGGGUGUCGGGGCUUGUAUCUUCAGGACAAGCAUUUUGAGGCUUGUGAAAGCUGUUAUUAUUAUUAUUGUUCAUUUCUGUGCUAACCCUUUUUUUAAAUAUUGAAAGAGUUGUCAGCUCUUGUCUAUCAUCAGAA